CAUGACUCACCGAGUUACCACCAUAUCUGUGACCAUAGCUUACUCGUUUUCAACAAUAUUUUCCAGUUUCCAAAUUCAGAAAACAACCACAUCACCACAACAUUUUCUUGAAUUCCAAGCACCCCAUUACACAUAUAUCAUUCAAUCCAACCAUUUUUCGACAACUUUGUACCGAAUCAAACUCCAACAUGUCCAAUAUUAUCUUACUUCUGUUCCUUCCUCUGUUUUUGUUUCUAAAUAGCGCUCGUUCUGACCCGAGAGCCACACAGGCAGCUAUGAUAUGCACAAACGACACCGCUCAGAACCCAGAACGUCAAACCUUCGUCUCCAACUUCUUAGCAGCCAUGGACGCCGUCACCCGGCAGAUUGCCACCCGAAGAUACGCCAGCGUCGUCACAGGAACCGGAAACGUAACCGUUUUCGCCUUCGGCGAGUGCAUGAAAGACCUCUCCAAAACGGACUGCGACCUCUGCUUCGCCCAGUGCAAAACCAAGAUUUUAGGUUGCCUCCCGUUUCAGAAAGCAACUCGUGGCGGCCGGCUUUUCUUCGACGGCUGCUACCUCCGGUACGAUGAUUUCGAUUUCUUCAACCAGAGCUUGAGUUCCCAAGACAGGACCGUUUGUGGGGACAGAGAUUUUGGUCGGAAUCGGACAGUUUUUAAGGAUAAUGCUUUGAGGUUGGUGAGGAAUUUGAGUUCGUUGGCGCCGAGGAACGAUGGGUUUUCUGCUGGGUUUGUGGUGGGUGAAGGGAACGUUUCCGUUUACGGGUUGGCGCAGUGUUGGGAGUUUGUGAAGGGGCCUGGUUGCGAGGAGUGUUUGGCUGACGCCGUUAAGAGAAUCGGAUCUUGCACUCCGAAAGAAGAAGGGAGGGUUUUGAAUGCUGGGUGUUAUUUGAGGUAUUCGACUCAGAAGUUUUAUGAUAACAAUACAAUCACCGAUGGUGCAGGACGAAACGGAGGACGCCGUGGCUUGGCGAUAAUUUUGGCCGUAACAUUUGCUGCAUUUGCUGUUGUGCUUACUAUUUCUGCAGUUGCUUUCUUUGCAAGGAAGAAAAUACUGAGGAGGAGGAAAGCUGCUUCAGAGAAAAAGCAAUUCGGAGCUCUGUUUGCCACUGUGAACAAGUCCCAACUCAAUUUUUCAUACGAAGUUCUCGAAAAGGCCACCAAUUACUUUCAUGAUACCAACAAGCUUGGACAAGGAGGAUCUGGCUCAGUGUAUAAGGGAGUUCUGCCGGAUGGAAAUGUUAUUGCCAUAAAGAGGCUCUUCUUCAACACAAGGCAAUGGGUGGAUCAUUUCUUCAACGAAGUUAAUUUGAUCAGCGGAAUUCAUCAUAAAAAUCUUCUGAAGCUGUUGGGGUGCAGCAUUACAGGGCCCGAGAGCCUUCUUGUUUAUGAGUAUGUCCCAAAUCAAAGCCUUCAUGAUUAUUUUAUUGUGAAAAACAAUGUGGAGCCACUGAGGUGGGAUUUGAGGUAUAAAAUCAUACUGGGAACAGCUGAGGGCUUGGCCUAUCUUCACGAAGAAUCGAAAUUGAGGAUCAUUCAUAGGGAUAUAAAACUGAGCAACAUUCUGCUCGAUGAGGAAUUCAAUGCAAAGAUUGCUGAUUUUGGACUUGCUAGAAUGUUCCCUGAAGAUAAAACUCACAUAAGCACUGCCAUUGCUGGCACACUAGGUUAUAUGGCUCCGGAGUAUGCUGUUCGUGGCAAGUUGACCGAGAAGGCAGAUGUUUAUAGUUUUGGAGUUGUUGUCAUCGAAGUCAUCUGUGGAAGGAGGAACAAUUCUGUCUUUUCAAGUUCGACUUCUAUCCUACAGAUGACUUGGGAUCUUUAUGGAACUUGUAGGUUACGUGAAGCUGUCGAUCCACUCCUAGAAGGUAAGUUUGAAAAUGAAGAAGCAUCUCGGUUACUUCAAAUAGGGUUACUUUGUGUGCAAGCUUCAGCAGAGCUGCGGCCGGCAAUGUCAUUAGUCGUGAAAAUGCUUACCGAAAAUGUUGAGAUUCCUCAGCCAACACAACCCCCAUUUCUCAAUUCUGGUAGCGCAGAAUUCAGCAGGAGAAUUCCUUCAGGAAGUUCCAAUUCUCUGCCCGUGGAGUCUAACACGCAAUCUUCGAAGAAUAGCAUGACCCAAAGCUGGAUUGAGCCGAGAUGAACAUUUUGUAUUUGUCUUCAUCCACAAUGUAAAUGUUGCGAGUUCCGAUGAUCUAUGAGCUUAAGCAAUCCCUACAGACUUGUGAAUGUCAAAUGAUCCAGCCCGCAGCUCCUAGAGUCUAAUUACAGUCAAAUUUUGUGCAACUUCUAUAUGUUUUAACAACAUGGGUAGGUAGGACUGAAUGCCCUUUGUAAAAUAUAUGUAGAGAAUUAUAUUAUUGAUAUGCAAUCUUUUAUCUUGAAAC